GCUGCGCUUGCGCAUAUGGAAAUCAUCAACCCAUGCCCCCGCUACUCGCCUCACUGCGCAACCACGCCCACCCUGCCGCCUGGCGAAUCUAUUGACUACAACAUGAACACACCGAUCGGUUCCAACGGCAGCAUUCUGGCGCCCUUCUGCCGCCGCACGACCCCGUGGCCCAAGGUCACCGAUACCUGGACUGCUGGCCAGGCAGUCACUGUCCAGUUCUACCCUGGCGGUGCCACGCACUCGGGUGGCCACUGCGAGUUCUCCAUCUCAUAUGAUGGCGGCAAUACCUUUGUAGUGGUACAUCAGGAGCUCAAGUACUGCUUCUUCACGGGUGCACCGUCCGCAGGUGGUGUUGACACUGUCAGAAGCUACACCAUCAACCUCCCGGCGAAUCUGCCUGGCACUGACCGUGCUGUAUUUGCAUGGACCUGGGUCAACGCUGCGGGUAACCGCGAGUUCUACAACGGAUGUGGCGAUAUCGCUAUCAAGGGCUCAGCUGGAUCAUAUACUGGCAAGAAGGUUACCAUCGCCAACUACGGCCCUGGCUAUCCUGUCAUCCCUGAAUUCCUUGGCAACUAC